AUGGCAUUUCAUAUAACCGUUUGCUAUACAUAUACGGUAAGUUUGACUUAGUUAAAACUACCAGAAAUGCCGACAUUUUUGAAACAAGCACGAGCGGGACUAUCUAGUGGAUGAGCUUACUCAUGAAAUGCCAACCAAUAUUCUGAAAUACGUUUUCGUUUCGAAAACAAUAAGUACGUACGGUUAUCUUUCAGCAGGAUUUUAUGAUAAUUCACUUACCUCACGAUGCCGGUUUUCGAAAGAACUUCUUUUCCGUUCUAUGCAAAAACCAUACUUUGGCAAAAAUGACUACUCACGUAGCAUGUAUUUUUCUAAUUAUAUUUUUGAUACCAUUAAAAAUUCAAUUAUAUUCCAAGGGAAACAUGCAUAUAAAUAUGCAUUCUUCUGCUCACUCGGUAACAAAAUACGUUUUCUUCCAAUUUUAUACUCGACGGCAGUGUAUAAUUCAGUUUUAAAGUUUCUAGAUAAUAGGUUGUUUAAUACCGUGAAAUGACCGUACAUAAAACUUUAUAAAUCUGCAUUUAUCAGUGCGGUUUGAACAGUUAAAAAAUAAUUCAAAUCCACUGCAAAAUAUAACGAAUCCCAUAUAGUCUCCUCAUAAUACGGUAGAGGAAUGUAUCGUUUUCCAUACGCAGAAUAUAUACGACUUGUUAUUUGGAAAUCCUGGGUGCAGGUGUAACGGCCGGUCGUGUUCCAAAUUAUUCGCGAAUUAGAAAAUAUUUUAAAAGCAAAUUUUACCUUCUCUUUAAAUAUAAAAUUGGUAGGAAACGUACUUUCCUUCCGAAUGAACAAUAUAACUGGAUUAUCAAGAACCUCGGAAAUGAAUGAUGAAAAUUUAAGCUACUUAAGUAGUUCCUUUUAACUUAGUAUAUAUUUCGCAUGCAGUCGAAGAGAAAUUAUUUUGAAAACCGACAUUCUGAGGUAACUGCAUUCUUCUAGAAUUAUUUUGCACAAUGAUAUGCUCUACAACACUACUUAAUUUAUCUUUUGAAACGAAAACGCAUUUCGGAAUUUUGGUUGACAUUUCGCGAGUUAGCCUCCCUACUGAAAGAUGCCAAUGCAUGAGCCAUUUAUAUUUAACAAAGCGCGUUUCACAGGCUAACACACCAGCAGUGAUCGAACUUGUGAGCGUAUGCGGCCCAUAAUAGCCUAGUCCGCAAAAUUCAAAUAAAUAUGUCUGGAUGUUUGGAUGUUGGGUGGUCUACUUCACGUAUAACCGCUUGCAUUGCUUUCUGCAUAUUAUGUUGCUUUGCAGCAGGCUCGUGUAUCAUGUGCCAUUCAAGCAAGAAAGAUUUCUACAAUUUUUUAAAUUUUGGAGGAUGCCAACUGACGAUGCAGGCACUGCACUACAACGUAUACGUAAAGGUGACGCAUUUGAAUUUGUCAAGGUUCAACCAACGCAGUAGAUCAUUAAGGGAGUCAAAAAGGAGGAAACCUCAAGUCUUUUCGCAUUCGCAUGGAAUUCCGGGUUCACAGUCAAAUACACCUAACAGCCGUUGCUGAACGAACGCAGAUAUUGCACAGUGGGUGGAGAUAUUCUGGGAUUCUAUCGAACUGACAUCAGUGUGGGUGUCAUAUUGCCAUGCCCUAAUGGCGUGGACUCACAAAGCUCGGAGGCUUAAACCAGGACAGGAGUUUUUGCUAUUUAAAUCUUCUAGGCAGUUUGCACGCCUAACCAUUCUGCAGAUACAAAGUAUUAUCCACGCGGGUUAGAGUAAGGUUGCCGUUUGGAUAACUGAAACCCAGAACUUUUGGCUUACCAUAUUUCACUGAAACUGAGCUUCUCCGUAGGCAUUUUAUAUCCUACGUGAUGUUUACCCAACAAACAAGACUGUUUAAAAUACUAGCAUAUGCAAUCUUCUUAAAAUUAUGAAAAGUAGUUACCUGUCAUUUAGAAACACAGUUGAAGCUGCAAUAGACUGUCAGCGUUUAGCCACUGGAUUGUCAAAACUAACAUCUGCGAGCGUUCGUCUGCGACAUGAUCGACUGGACAGCCGUCAUCAGGAAUGACGAGAACUAGUCGGUCUCGGAUGUUAUUAAUGAAAUUCCGAUGCCAUGGCAGGAGACGACAGAAAGUUUAUUUGCACUUUUCUUGCAAAGAAAAUACGUCGGAAAAUUUAGCUGACUUUUCCUGAAGUGAAAAGCCAAAUAGGAAGCAGGAGUAUGACGCAGUAACAACCACUUUCUAUUGGGCGCUCAUAGACGUGAUCCGGCCGCACCUGCAGAUGGAAAAAUGUCAAAAUUACCUGAAGGUUGGCAACUGUGUGAGCCACGAAAUGCUUCAUGUAUCACUGACAGGCGAUCUAUUAUCAAGCUGACUUUCACUACCAUAUUCACUCGCGUUUUGCGCGUGAGCGAAUACACGCUGCUUCGAAGGACGGCAGCGACAAAUAAAUGGAAACCUGAGUAGUGGAGUGGCUAACUUGUUGACUCCUUUAUCCAUGCUAAAUUACCUGUGUCGUGAUACGGAGGUGGUCCUAACGAACACCUGACUAAACAAUCCCUGUUGUUUUUUAACUAUGGGUAGUUAAAAACACAAAUGCAAUACGAUAGUACAUGAUUGGCUGUUAGCUGGAAAUAUUUUUGCCCGCAGAAAUGUCCCUGACAAUGGUUCUGAGAUGUCGAAGCAUCAUACAUGUGAGGAAUUCUGCGGCAGCUAAAUGUACUCAAGCAUGUCUAAGUUCGCUUUUGGAUACCAGCCAUUUAAAGCCCUGCCCGUAUAUAGGGGUGUUCGUAUUGAGUUAGCAAUAGGUGCUUCCUUAAGUACUAGCUGCUUCGACAGAGUUUGACUUAUUUAUUUCAACUCAGCUGUGGACAAUCCGAUGAAUUCGGUAAGAUUCGGAUCCGCGACAUCAAGAGAAAGGCGUGAGUACAGCCAAAGCCCAAGCCAUCUGAGCUACGAGGUGCUUAAACUCACGGUAGUUUUCACAGUUGGGUUAAAACAAACUUCUCAAGGCGAGUGAAUUAGGCCCAGUUACGCCUGUGGAUGCCAGUUGUUCAAGGUAAGAUACGUGGCAGUGUUUUAGUCGACUUAAUAAGUGUUGCCUCUGGAGGAGUUUGUAGCAAAUAGCUAAAUUGUCGCAAACAAUGCAACGCUGUGUUCAGAUAUAGAUGUCUUAUAAACCUCAUUCCUUUUAAAAAAACCAAAAAUACAUACUUAAGCGUGACAUAUAAGGGGAAAGUAACUUCCAUGACAGUAAACAUGUCUUAUAACUUCCAGCGGUAUAUAAAUCAAACUGAGGAUGUGAGCAGUAGGAUUCUUCAUGAAUGUAUCUUGCCAAAUUUGUUGUCCUCCUACGAAAACGCGUGUACAGUUUAGCACGUUAAGCAGGAAGUUAUAUAAAGAACUGUUGACAAGAUUUUUUUGAUUUAUUUGAAUCCAUGUUAGCUGUAUUCAAGAAGAAAUUUAGCAGACCGUCCUGUAAACGUGUGAUCACAUCUAUUAAACUCCGAAAGAAGGUGUGCAUUUAUAAGAUUAAUUUAAAUUUGGUUACAACCAAAGCAAAUACCCUAUCACCGUUCUUCAAAGACGGGACGACUAAAAAAAGAUGAAAGGUUAGUGGAUUACUCCGACCACCGUUAAGCAGGACCAUUUUAUCCGUCAUAUGACGUCUUACAUUUCAGAUUUGAACAUUAUGUCAUAUACACUACGCAUGUUUGAGUGGUCUUGUAUUUCAUUGACUGAAAUAACACAAUUAAAGCAGCACGUUUUUGUUAUAAACAAACUUGUAGCUAGGACACGCCAUGAAUAUCCCAAAUUUAGUCAAAGCGAAUGAAAUGGUAAGGAAAAUGCUUUAUCUAAUAUAACCAAAUUGAUUCCUACGCGUAUCUGAAACACAGUCAACUUGUUAUUUUAAUGUUAGCCAAAGUAUUAAAUUAUGCGAAAUCGGUCCAUAAUUUUUAUGCUCUUAAUAUGUUACUAUUUCUUUAAUGCAUAGCACAUCCAUUCAAAUUUGACAAGCACCGUUGUUAAGUGCAAAAAAACGCAUUCCUUAUGACAUCUUUCAAAUAUUUUAAGGCAUACCGAGUCCACUUUGGCGAUUCAGUGUUUGCUAUCUCUGCAAAUUGAUUUUUUGGUGCAAAAUACGUCUGCUUUAAAUCUUAUACUCAAAGAAAGGGCAUAAUAGUUUUUAAAAGCGUUUCUAAUUGGAACAUUUUAUGAUACCAUGAACUGGCCGUUCAUAAAACUUCAUGUCUCUGCAUUUAUUAAUGUGGCUUGUAAAUUUAGCAAUAUAACUCAAACCAACUACCAGGUUUAAGAAACCCUAUACUUUCUCAUCUCAAUACCGUAGAGAAAUAUAUGGUUUUCCGUACUCGGAAGAUAUAUAGCUUGUAGUUUAGGAAACCCUGAAUGCAAAUGUAACGGUAGGUUACAUGCACAAUUAUUUAGAAAUUGGAAGAGUUUUUUAAAACCGAAUCAUGGUCUUCCUUCUAGCCUAAAUUCGGAAGACGACUUAAUUGUUAACUAAAAAAGUAAAAGCAUGAUUAUAUUUAUGCACGCUUUCCAUGAGAUGGAAUUGAAUCUUUAAGGGCAUUGAAAAACGAUGAGAAAUAUUCAUGCUAAAUAUGUAGUCAAUUUUCACAGGGAGUAGUCUAAGCAUGCAGGCAGAUGAACGUUUGUUCGAGACCCGGCAUCCUGACUUAACUGAAAUAUUAUAGAAGUAUGGUGCAGGCUGGCCAUUUUUACAAACCCACUUAAUUUAUCCUUUGGAAACGAAGAGGCAUUUUGCAAUUUCGGUUGAUAUUUUCUGGGUUAGCCCGCCUACUGCAGGUGUAAUUAAUAGAUUAAUCGUGCAUUAUUAUAAUUUAACCAGCAAUUUAUAAUUUGCUGUUUGAGUGGCUAUCUGUUCAGGUAACAUUCCGCAAAAUGUUAUGUAAAAAAAUGAACGUAUUAGUCAGAGGUUAAAUAAUCUCUUAAAAUUUAAAACUUGUUCGAAAUCGCAAAACAGGUCGCAAUUACAAAUAAAACCUUAAGGAAUCUGCACAUAAAAUAUCAUCUUAAAUAUAUGGGAAUUCCUGAAAACCAGGCAAUGAUGUGAGGGCAAUAAAAAUUCAAAUCCUUCGGCUGUCUUUUUAGUUAUAUCCCCAAAUGUGCAAUUAGUUUACCACUUCAGUGCCCGUUGUCAGAUCAGUCGACGUACAAAAGGCGUACUGGAUUCUCCUGUGCGCGUGAGAUUAUUACGUCUCGUUGGAAACGAUAAGGCCUAGUUCGUCGUCAGAUAGCCUGCCGUCAGUGAUGUUUACUUCCGCACAGUUCAGUUGGCCACUAAGGCGCUUAAACCUACUGGGAGAAUAAGAGGUAGAUUCUUUAUGCAAGCGACCGCGAGCGGGUUUUUGAGGUUGAGAUUGAUCGACUCCAUAUCGAAUAUACACAUAUUAAUAAAGUACUUAAACCUUCAUAAUUUGUGUACCGAGUUGUUGAUACUAAUAGUUAUUAAUACUUGAAAAUCCGCUCAGUUAAACUGCAGCUGUCAGCUACGAGCGCUAAAAGUACGGAGCUACAGACAAUGUCCUGAGAUGUCUGAUAUUGUACACUCACGGCUAUAAAUAUUACUCGCAAAAUGGUACUUCAUGUAUUACGAGGAGCAUUUAACGGAAUUUGCCUAGUUUUCGAAACACACCCAGUGACCCUAAGAUGGGAUGGUCAGCGUGGAUGAUUUCUUUUUCGCGGGGUAUUGUAAAUUUUGCGGGUCAGUUGAGUCGACCCGCAUAGAAAACUGCACAGGCUGAGAGGUGAGUUUAAGUUGUCUAACUGUCAGCAACAUCAACAAUUUCUAUUGUAUGUUUGACUUAAGAAAUAGUCGGUAGUAGGUCCACAACGCCAACAGAAACACCAAAUUCAGCCUGACAAGCCCGCAUGACAACAUCGCAAUACGCCAUGUGGGCUUUAUACGCAGACAUUAGGUUUUUGCUUAGCAAACAAAGAAGUUACAGGAGGUAGGCUUAUUCAUCAAAUGUCAACCGAAAUUCCGAAAAUUGUUAUCUUUUCGAAAUAAUGAAUUAAGUAGGGUUGUAAAACUGGUCAUCAUGCAGCGUAAUUCUAUAAUACUACAGUCACUUCAGAAUGCAGACUUUCGAAAGAACCUCUUUCCAACUGAAUGCAAAAACUAUGCUCGCUAGAAAAUGACUACUCACUUAGCGUGCUCUUUUCUCGAAGAAUUUUGAUGACCUUAAUAAUGCAAUUAUAUUUAAUAGAAGACAUGCAAAUAUAUAUUCAUUCUCUUGUCCAUUUGGUAUAAAAUGACGUCUUUUUCCUAUUUGAUACUCAAAAGAAGGGUAUAAUAGGGUUUUAAAUAUUUCUUCUUGUGAUAUUUUUUAAAAUCGGAAAUAACUGCUCAUAAAACGUCAUGUCUCUGUUUGUAUCAAUGUGGCUUGUACAGUUACUGACAUGGCUCAAAUAUUUGUUAAAGUUCAUGAAACCCAUAUGGUCUCCGCUUAAUACCGUAAAAAAAUGCAUAGAUUUCGUACUCGGUAGAUAUAUGGCUUUUAGUUUAGGAACCCUGAAUACGAGUGCAACGGUAGGUUUGGCUCACAAUUACUCGGGAAUCAGAUAUGUUCUUUUAAGAAAAAAAUGUAAGACGACUUCAUUUUCCACCAAAGUAGUCAAUGGAUAAAUAUUUUUAUUCAUGUCGUCCAUGAAAUAAAGUUGAAUUGUUAAUGGGAUGAAACAUUGAUAGUUAAAUUUCAUGCUAAAUUAGAAGUCAUUUUUUCAGAGUAUAGAUUUGAAUGGAGCCGGAAAGAAGUUCGUUGGAAAGCCAGCAUCCUGAAGUAACUGCUGUAGAAUUACACUGCACGAUCAUUAGUUUUAUAACCCCACUUAAAUAAACUUUUCGAAACAAAAACGCAUUUCCACAUUUGAAUUGACAUUUAAUGAGUAAGCUUACUUACUGUACAGGUUGCCAAGUGGCCAGCAGCCACGCAAAGGCUAUUGCCGUCGUCAUUUUGCAUAAUUUACUCUAUCGUAAGAGCAAGUUCCAGAAGUUCUUUUGCAUUUUCAACGGUGACGGAGUUGCUUUCUGUGUUUCUUAGAUCCUACCGAGGCUAGCGUUGCAGUCAGAGCCGAUUUAAAUGCAGGUAGCCAUUGGUGUAUCGUAGCCUUCUUGGCAGUCCCUACAUUCCAUUUAUCAUGCAUCACUCCCGGAGCACAUAUUCUGCACCGUAGAAAUGGAAGAAUAUGUGACGGAUUUCUUGAGCCUAUUUGCUGUUUUUAGGUCUUUUACAGCUCCUUGUUUUUGAUUGAACGCCUUGUCCAAUAGCAAGUGAGAUUUUUAAGCCUACUAUGUAAGAAGAAUGAGGCAAGCGACCCUAAAAUGUUCCCUUACCUAAUAUGAUUACCGUCUUUAGAAGGCUGACGUUAGAUACUUAUAAAGCACCAAGUUAGCAAGGUUCGAAGCGAAAACAGUUCACAUACUCCAGUUGACGUCAUUUAAGUGGAUUUUAAAUAGGAAUUCGCAGACCAAAAGGCGCUUCGGCCACAUGCUUUUAGUUCAAAUCAUAUCGUUAAGGCAUGCCUCCUUAGAAUGAUGCGAUUUCGAAAAACUUGUAGACGUCUGCGCUGCCUCUGAUUCCUUACUUUUCUUUUUUCGACGUGCUGAAGACUACCUUUUCAGUAUCGACCUACGUAUCACACUUUGCUGUUCUUUUGACUCUCUACACAAGGCGGCGCCGGACGUUAUAUCUCUAGGCAAUCACGCUCAAUGUUGCAGAAUUUUUGGGAAUUGUUCCCUACAUAUUUGUGUUGUUUUCGACAAUGGUGCCGGUUAUGGUAUUAUGCUUGUGCAUUAAGCGGGGAACCAUCACCGUAGGUGGAUUGGAUUGUGGUUGGUCGCCGAGCACGAGUAGGUCCACGCGUGUGAUUUUAGCAGACAAGAAAUUUAUGGAAGGCUACAAGGAUCGUCUACGCCUGCCGUGUUGAUUAUGCAUAUUGAAGAGAGAACUGUGGCUGCGGCAGCGGCGGCGGUGGUGGCGCUGGUGGUUUUAAUAAUAGCACUGACGAUGAUGAUAGUUAUUAUUUUUAUUUUUUUCUAGACCGCAAAUGUUCCCUGUUUUUCGAGCCAAGAUGUCGAGGUUGGCCCUACUUCCCUACCACCCACAGACUCUAGCCACCCCAAGAUCCGUUCUACCAAGAUUCCAGCGCGCAGUCAGUGUUCGUCGACAGAAACCCAAAAGGAAAGACUGAACCAGCUGCUAUCCAAUGCUAGACGCCGUUUUCUCAAAAAGUCUUUUCACCAGAUUUGA